AUGGACAAACUCAAGGCAGCAGAUGAAGACCUUCCUGGAAGCAAUAAGGCUUCUCUCCCAGUCAAAGAACGGGACAAAGGCAAAGAAACCCGAAAACGAGUGGGCCUCACUCAAGUUUACCCAGAGCCUGGCUCCAAAUACAAUAAACAAGAGCUCAAAAACGAUAUCGUUGCUUUGCAUGGACUCGAUGCAACUUCUGAUAAAACAUGGAUUGCGUGGGCGGUUGAUGGAGAUGCAAACUCUGGAGACGUUAACUGGCUCAAAGACAAACACAUGCUGCCUAGAUUUAUGCCCGAUUCUCGCAUUCUUACAUAUCAAUGGAAUGCAAACUACGAUUCCUUUGCAUCUAGUGAUAGGUUCUCUGGCCAUGCCAAGACGCUGCUUCAGGACCUGUACGCCGAUCGAUUUGACGAGGGUCGAAGUCACUGCCCAAUCAUCUUCAUUGCUUCAUGCUUCGGCGGUUUGUUAUUAGCCCAGUCUCUCGUCAUUGCAUCUCACCCCACCGAGCUCAGCCAUGAUCGAUAUAGUUUAAUUCUACGACACACGAUCGGUGCAGCAUUCCUCGGUACUCCUUUCAGAGGCUCGUGGGCCACCGGGUCAGAAAUGGCCAAGGUCCGAUAUGAAACCGCGCAGGAAUCUGGGAGGCAAUCUAGUCGAAGCUUAAUCGAGCUGUUGAAGCAGAGUACACCUGAUCGCCCGACUCCCCUGGAUGAUCUUGUAAAGCAGUUUACCGACCUACUUGGCAACGAUGCUUACAAGUUCCCUUUUAUAUGUGUCUACGAGACCAUCCAUACAAAUCUGUCUGCCUUUAAAAAGAAGCUAGGCCCGAAUUUUGAAGAGAUGGGCUUUGAUGAAAAAUACCAUAGCAUUGUAGUCAGUAGGAACUCGGCAACUAUCGAUGGUGCGGAUGACUAUGGAUUUGACGUGAGGCAUAACAUGCUGCAUAAAUUCAACGGUCCUGAUGACCCGAACUUCAAAAAACUCAGGGUUUGGCUUGUCGAAACCGCAAAUGGUGCUCAAAGCAUUCUGGAUAGCAAGGGCCACAAUGGAGCCAUCGAUAAUUCAUAUCGGAAUCAGUCAGAUGAUAGCUCAAGAGCCGACACUCGACUAGCUGAUCUUCCCGGUUCACGAGUGAGAAACAAUCCCAGGAACCCGGAAGCACGAGAGAAACUUUACAGGAAACUUCAUUUUAAGCGUCUCGAAAAUCGUUUCAACAAGAUAGGCCUCGAACAUCCCGAGACCUGCACAUGGUUACUUACAAACAAGGAAUAUCAAGCUUGGUUAGACAAAGAAAAUGUGAAGGAUCACCAUGGAGUUCUAUGGCUCAAGGGUAAACCAGGUACAGGGAAAUCCACCCUGAUGAGGUUUGCUGUCUCGCGGCUGAGCUUGGCGCACCCAGAAGACAUCAAAAUCAACUUCUUUUUCAAUGCUCGAGGAGUGGGUCUUGAGAAUAGCACUACAGGGAUGUAUCAGUCUCUUAUAUAUCAGCUCUUCUCACAGGUACCUCGACUUAAAUCUGUUUUUGACAAUUUCACUCGGCUUGAGCUACCAGAAGCAGAUGUACAAGAAUCCUGGGAAUUAUCGUCACUUCAGCGUAUUUUCGAGCAUGCUGUUCGUGAGCUUGAGAGCCACAGGUUGUGGGUGUUUGUGGAUGCCCUGGAUGAAGGCGAUGAAGAUGAAGUUCGAAACAUGAUCAAGUUUUUCAAAGACCUUGGGGGAUACGCCAAAACGGCGAACGUCGACAUGCGUGUGCUAUUUGCAAGCCGCCAUUAUCCACAGAUCAUGAUAUCACACAAGGUCGAGAUCAUUCUCGAGUCAGAGAAGGAGCAUUAUCUUGACAUUGAGCGUUAUAUUCAAAGUGAGCUGUACAUCGAAGACGGCAUGACGGCCCAGGGAAUCCAAGAAGAGGUCAUCAACCGUGCAUCAAGCGUUUUUCUCUGGGUUGUUCUCGUUGUGAAGAUAUUGAACAAGGCAGCGGCAACGGGAAUGAACCAAAAACAGAAACUCCAAGAGUUGCCCAGCGAUCUCAGCACACUUUUCAAAGGAAUUCUCACUCGCGAUGUUGAGAACAUGAAAGGAACGCUACUCUGCGUUCAGUGGGUUCUCUUCUCACGGAAACCCUUGACCCGAGAAGAAUUGUAUUACGCAAUUCUUCACGGCGCAAAUGAAGAGGAGGCCAAGUCCUGGACUGCUGAUUAUGUCUCCAUUGAGAUUAUGGAUGCGUUUAUCUUGACUUGCUCCAAGGGACUCGUGCAAUUCAGUGGAGAAACUGCACAGUUCAUUCACGAGACAGUCCGAGACUUUCUCCUACGUGACAAUGGCAUGCAGCUGAUUGCAAGCGACGCAGCUCGGUCCACCCAAGGCGCUGCCCAUGAUACUUUGAAAAGCUGCUGCCUGAAUUGCAUCUCGUCGACACUCAAAAUCAUUUGGGGCUCUGGUCGACCAGUGAGGUUUGAUGAUCUUGACAGUCUGCGCAGCACAUAUGACUCCAUCGUCGAAUCCGGCCGGAAAAACUAUUCGAAUUCGAAACCGCUGUACAAGACCCCUUUGCUUCAUUACGCCUUGUUUCACCUCCUACACCAUGCCAAUGCUGCGGAAGCUGAAGGUGUGUCUCAAGUAUCCUUUAUCCAGACAUUCCAGCUGCGGUCUUGGGUGUACUUGAGAAAGGUUUUCCUAGAGCUCGGUACAUUCAGCUCACUUCGUUCAACGUUGCUAUAUACUCUUGCAGAAGAGGACUUGGGAUCUCUUAUCAUGGCCAUGUUACAUGCCGAUCCUCACAUUGACGUUGAUAACGGGGUUCCAGGCUCACCUAUUCGGAAGGCAUUGCGCGAAAGACACUACGAUGCCCUUAUUGGUCUUUUGGCUCUAACCAGGUCAAAUGAUGUCGGAGGUUUCGACGCAGAUCGUCCGGCUGAGCCCGAAAUCGACCAUCUGCUUCGAACUUACUUCUAUGCCGGCCCUUCAAUACUAGGUCCGUCCAUACUGGAAGGUUUCUUCCGGUGGGGAGACGAGAUGGACAUGUUGACUUUGCUUCGAUCAGGCAGAUUCGGCAUGGAUGACAACAUGACUGAAAUGCGUUGCAGCCCAUUGUCCGCGGCUGUUGAAAGGGGAUAUGAACAACUAGUCCAGUUCCUUCUAUCCAAAAAGGAUCUAGAUGUCAAUCUUCGAGAUGAUGAUAAGGGACUGCCUCCAUUAUCGAGAGCUGCCAGAAACGGACGGCUUGAAAUUGCGCGACUUCUAGUGAAAGAUGGUCGAACAAACGUCAACCUGGAAUGUAAAGAUUUGGGAAAGUCUCCAUUGUCCUAUGCAGCAGAGGAGGGGUUUAUAAAGGUGGUUAAGCUUCUUCUGAGCCAUCCGGGUAUCAAGGUCGAAAUCUCUGACAAGGUUGGGCGGUCUGCGAUGUUUCAUGCUGCAAAGAAUGGACAUAGCGACGUUGUCCAACUUCUCCUCCACACUCCUGGCAACGAUCCAACCGCGAAGGAUAAACAUGGCUAUACGGCCCUUGCAAACGCCACUCUACAAGGACAUGAAGAUGUUGUCAAGAAAAUUCUUGAAUACGGCCAGAUUCCAGAUGAUUCUAAAACUCAAGAUCCUGGGAAAACACCUCUUUGGAUUGCCUACCAGUUCAAACGACAUUCCAUCGCGCAACUGCUUCGUGCACACCGAAUGACUAAUAUCGUGGAUAUAGUUACAGGACUUCAAGACGCAAACGAGAAUGCGAAGGCACAUAAUGUGACAAAUCUAUGGUGGGCUGCAUGGAAAGGCAAUCACUUGUUGGUGGAGGAAUUGCUUCGCCACGAAGACGUUGAGCUCAACUUCCGAGAUGCGGAAAAGGGCCGCACACCGUUGUGGUGUGCUGCAGAAGAGGGACACGAAGCGGUAGUGAAACUUCUCCUUGAAAGACAAGGUGUUGACGUCGAGUCUAAAGAUACGGAAUAUGGCCAAACACCACUUUGUGUUGCAGCUAGGUUCGGAUAUAGGGAGGUGGUAAGAUUGAUGUUGACAAGCAGCCGUGUCGUUUUGGGCUCUCAAGAUUUGCAGGGACAGACAGCGUGGACGUGGGCUAUUAUAAGACAGGAUGAUGCAAUGAUGGAGAUGUUGGGGAAUAGAUAG